CUUGCCUCAAGAGUGUUAAGCAAACCUACUUCUUCCUUGUUCCAUUCUGCAACUUCAAUCAUCUCUCUUACAAUCCUGCACUGUUGCAUUCGUUACUGAAAACAGUCGCUACGCACGUCGAGUAUGACCUGAAGAGCUAUUGUCAUCUUCUUAUCGUUCGUUGAUAUAUUCCCUUACUUCAUUCGUUUUCAGGUCUCGACAACAUGUAUUCCAAAUACUCCAUCAUGGACAUCCUCCCACCAGCAGACAGCCUGUCACAUCUUUCACAACUAUGUGUCUCGCCAUUCAUAACAGGGCACAUUGAGAACGGCACAGAAUUCGUCCUCGGUUUCAGCAUGUUCGCACUCUCUAGCAAGCUCGAGCUCAUACUCAAACAAUUGGAAAAACUCCCUAUGAUGGACAAGAUAGUCACGUCAGACGCCUCUCUGGCUCGCAUCUUCAUGAGCGUCGCACCAGUCUUGAGCGCUCUCGCAAUUCUCGACAUUCAGCGUCUCACACGCCAUAGGUCCAUCGACGCCAUCGAGGUCUCCAGAGUCGUCCCUGACCCAAAACCGGGCAAUAUAACCAUCACUGGCAUGACUGUGACUGCUACCUUAUUCACCUGGUUCACUUAGUUGCAUGUCCUCCGAAUACUAUGGGCAGUCGACAGCGACGGAGUGACGGCUACCUAUCUCCUGCUACUAUUCACGCUGGAACAAUAUCGAAUGCUGGAAGUGCAAGAAGCCCAUAUCUUCGACACAGAGGAGAACCUCCUUCGACCC